UUCCCUUUCUCUUCACUCUCCAUUUCGUAACCCUACCCGAAACCUCUCACUCCUCUCCCAUACCCAAGACGAAAAAAUGCCGCCCAAAUUCGACCCGUCCCAGGUCGUGGAUGUGUUCGUCCGGGUCACGGGUGGUGAGGUCGGAGCCGCCAGUUCGCUGGCUCCAAAGAUCGGUCCGCUCGGUCUCUCCCCCAAAAAAAUCGGAGAAGACAUUGCCAAAGAAACCGCCAAGGACUGGAAGGGCCUCCGUGUAACCGUCAAACUCACCGUACAGAACCGGCAAGCUAAGGUCGCGGUGGUCCCCUCUGCAGCCGCACUUGUUAUCAAAGCAUUGAAGGAACCGGAGAGAGACAGGAAGAAGACCAAGAACAUCAAGCAUAACGGUAAUAUCACCCUGGAUGACGUCAUCGAAAUCGCCAAGGUUAUGAGGCCCAGGUCCAUGGCCAAGGACCUCAGUGGGACUGUGAAGGAGAUACUGGGCACGUGCGUCUCUGUUGGGUGUACGGUCGACGGUAAGGAUCCCAAGGACUUGCAACAGGAGAUUACUGAUGGUGACGUGGAGAUUCCCCUUGAUUGAGAUCAAGAUCAACGGUUCUUUCUUUUUUUUUUUUUCCAAAAGAAAAGAUUGCUAUCAUUUUGUUUUUGGUUAAUGUUGGAUUUUGGAUAAAUUUGGGGACAUUUAUUUGAAUGAGGUAAAAUAGAUUAUUUGGUACGGAUGGUUUUAA